AUGGUAGAUGAAGGUAUAGUUCCAACAUUUAAAAGAGAUUUGGAUUGUCACAAUGUUUACACGAAAACAUUAGGUGAGCAUCAUGGCCUUUACAAGAAUGAUUUUGAGCACUCUAAGUUCCCCAUCAAUGAGGUGGCCCUGGGUGGAGGGGCUUCGAAGCAGGAGACACAGUUUGAGAAGAAUGGAGCUGAGAGACUGACAUCAAGAACUGAACUGAUCUUUGUGAACAAAACCAUGUGGACUUUGAUUCUCCUCAUUUGUUCCAUUCCCGUUUCAGGUGCUUUAUGGGCAGAGAAAAAUGUAACGGGAAUUUUGGGAAGAGCGAUCACAAUAUCUUGUCAAUACGAAGUACGGAUGUACCAGUCACACAUCAAAUAUUGGUGUCGCGGAUGGAGUCGUCAGUGUAAUGUUAUAGCAACGACACAUUGGCCAAAUGGGAGAAUAUCGAUCACUGACAACAAAACACAAGGAAUAUUUCUUGUUGCAAUGAAGAAUCUUCAACCGGGAGAUGCAGGAUGGUACAGCUGUGGGAUUGAGAUGUUUGGCUAUGACCCGAUGUUUAAUGUAAAGCUGCACAUUUAUAACGAAGCCGUCUCUGUUCCUGGGCUUCAAUAUUUAUCCCAAACAAAUGUCUCAUGUUCUGGGGGUUCAGUGACAGUCUCCUGUGAGUCUGCCCGGGGAUCCCUCCCCAUUCACUACACAUGGUCUGAGAAGACCCCAUCUCAAGAUUCAAUGAUCUCUGACUCCAAUAAACUGGAUCUACAUUGUCAAUCCUUCACACAGCAACAUCAUCAAUAUUACUGCACAGCCUCAAAUACUCAGGGAACAAAAUCCAGUGAAAUUGUUCAUGUGUCAGUCAACAAUGUAAGAGAGAAGAACUGCAGUUAUAGGAUACAGAUCAACAGCAUCGGAAGUGAAUAUACUUGUGACAAAUCCUCAACAAUAUCAUCAUCAACAUCAACGACAAUAUCAUCAACAACUUCACCAACAGAAACAGGAAUACCUUCAGGACCCAAGUCUGUCAGUAAAAGUUACGUUGCCUGGGAUGUGAUACGUUGGGUACUCUUCACUCUCCUGGUGAUUUGUUCUGUUUCAGUCACAAUGUUUACACGAAAACAUUCUUUGUCCACGCCAGGCCAACAGCAGCCCAUCCACAUCCUGAAUCUUCUUGCCAGUGGCUCAUAUCCAGCAGACAUUACAGAUGUUUUAAUGGCAGCGAAACACGUCAGUGGAAUUUUGGGAAGAGCGAUCACAAUAUCUUGUUACUAUGAAAAUUGGUGGUACCAAUCAAAUGUGAAAUAUUGGUGUCAUGGAAGGAAUCGUUCAUGUAAUAUUAUAGCAAAAACUGAUUGGCCAAAUGGGAGAAUAUCAAUCACUGAUAACAAAACACAAGGAAUAUUUCUUGUCACAAUGAAGAAUCUUCAAUGGGAAGAUGCCGGAUGGUACAGCUGUGGGAUUCAGAUUCCUGGUAUUUACUCUGACCUCAUGUUUAAUGUGAAUCUGCACAUCUCUGAAGAAGCCGUCUCUGUUCCUGGGCUUCGAUUUUUAUCCCAACCAAAUGUCUCAUGUUCUGGGGGUCCCGUGACAGUCUCCUGUGAAUCUGCCCAGGGAUCCCUCCCCAUUCACUACACAUGGUCUGAGAAGACCCCAUCUCAAGAUUCAAAGAUCUCUUACACCAAUAAACUGGAUCUACAUUGUCAAUCCUUCACACAGCAACAUCAUCAAUAUUACUGCACAGCCUCAAAUACUCAGGGAACAAAACCCAGUGAAAUUGUUCAUGUGUCAGUCAACAAUGUAAGAGAGAAGAACUGCAGUUAUAGGAUACAGAUCAACAGCAUCGGUGAACAAUAUACUUGUGCUGUUUCUUCAACAACAUCACCAGGGACCACACAUUCCCCAAAUACAAGUGGAGGUUUCUCGACCAGUCAAAACCAGUCCCCAGGAAAGAAUUCCCAUGAAAAGUAUUACAUUCUCUGUUUUGAUUCAGUGUGUGAGAUUAACAAUAUUUUUUAGGAGAAAGU